AUGAAGCGCGGCGCGGAUCAGUCGCGGUCGGCGCCGGUGCUCCCGCCGCCGAUCCGAAAUGGAUUCCCCGUCGAGUCGCCACUGCAUGCUGCGUUGAACAAAAUGCUGCAUGAGGACGAGAACAGAGGGUCAAAAAGACCAACUUUACCCGACAAACCAUGCCCCUUUGCUCCCAACGACGAACCUUCCGCGGGUAACAUCCACCCAGAGAACCCCCAGUUGUUUGCGUACACGAACGCGCUUCUCCACCGCGUCACGGGACGAUACCUGCCCGCGUCGGUUGUCGGCGACGGAGCGACUCAAGUCGCGGAAAUUGCCCACAUUCAAACAGACUACGAGCUCGUGCAAGCAGUGCAAAGCAUUCAAGAAAUCUCAAAGCAGUUCCAUCAAGUCGCGCAGCUCGUAUUGGCGCACCGGAAAGAGCUCGGGAAAGUGCUCCUAAAGCUCGAGACGACGUACUUGUCCGUGUUUGAAAAGGUGCUCGAGGCGUCGCUUCGGUUCUACUACAAAUAUCGCCAAGAGCAUGCAGCGGAGCGACAUCAUCACCGAAAAAGCACCCUCACGCUCAACACGAGAGUUGAAGAGCUGGAGGAGACGAUUCGAGUCCUCACUCACCACGUCGAAGCCAAGGAGAUCCUGCUCAAGUCGCAUCGGGUCCAGAUUCGCGACUUGGAGUACCAGAACAUGAGCUUGAAACAAGACGAUGCCACACUUCGUGCGAUGCAAGAUGAGUUUCGCGAACUCAAGAUGUAUCGACUCGACUAUGAGAAGAGGGAGGCGCAACUACGAAAGCGCGAAGAGGACCUGUGGAAAAAACAAGACCAACUGGACUCGCAGAAUCGGGUUUUGGAGCACCACCACAAAUCCGAGCAAGUUCGGAUGGCAGAGCAAGCGAGAAUGAUGAAGGAACAGUAUCAAAAACAAUUGGACGCUGUUCGGAAAGAGAACGAAGAGCUCCUCGAGUAUGACCGACGCGACAUGCCCGACAUGUCCUCCAUGAAAUCAGCGACUCUGGCGAAGACACCGACCACCGCCGUCGCGACCACACAGACCGAAGUGGACGACGACGGCCUCUGGGACAUUCAAGACGGAAUCCCGAUGUGCGUGUCAAAGGAUGCACGGGUACGGCUGUCAUGGCGGCGAUUCAACGCGUUCGUUCGAUGCAAAGGCUGCCACGGCCGCCCCAAGCACCCCUCGGACACUGACAAAGCGUACUCUGAGGUGUGGGAUGUCAAAUUGAUGCGAAAACGAUGGCAGCUGGCCGUCGCAUCCGAGUGGGAGGUUCCCACCGUGAUUGAACACUUCUUGGCCCACCUACCGCGAUCCGCGAUGGCAUUCAAGUACUACACGCUUCCGGCAACGAUUGAUCGCGUGGAAGCCAUAUACGACGCCAAGCUUCUCGCAGACUGCACUGACGAGCACGACGGCAUUGGAUACGAGCCACUCAACCAGUUUGUCACGAGCUACUUCCUCAACAUUUGUCCAGGGCGGCAAAAGGCCGAAGUCGAGAUGUACCGCCUCCUGAUUUCGGUCAAAGCACUCUACCGAGGAUCGUCCAUGCUGUGCAUGUUUGUUCGAUUCAUGCAGUUCCUGCACACGCACCCGCUCUCCCCUUCAACGUCCACGGACGCGGCGGCAACGAACACUGUCCCGGCAAAACCCACUACCAAAGUGUCUCCCAAGUUGGACAACGACGACGAUGACAAAAAAGCAACGCUGUCUAAACUCGAAAUGACCCACGUCGGACUGCCAAAACGAUGCACCCUCAAUCAAAACUACCUCCGCGUCUACUUGCAUGCUCGGUACCCGACUGUCCUGGCCCACGUGAUUGUUUUGCAAGAAGGUGCUGCGUAGGUACCGCGCCCUUCACCACCCGACCAAAGGCACUUCCCACAUCAUUUGUGUGGACGGAAUCAAGCGGUGGAUGCCUCUCAUGUACGGCGUCGACGUCUUGAAGUACUUUCUGAGCUAUCUUCCCGACGAUAAACUCCGCAUGUAUUGUCGACAACUCGAGUACAAUACCGCCAUUUACGCAGGUGGAGCGAUCACAGACGCGGCGGGACAGCGCCUCACUAUCCGAGCGCACAUGCGGCAAACCAUGUUGACGGCGGGUACUUUAGUCGUUGGAUCGUCCGAUCCUGAGCCCGAGUCGUCCGACCGAAGGGUUGCUCCAGUGGUCGUGGUCAAUGUGUACCUGGUA